AUGGCCGACACCGACGGAAUCUGGUCCCAACACGGAGGGAUGGACGGUUUGCCUCCAAGCGACCCCCCGGAAAUCAGUUUUGGAGCGCCGAACGUUUUCCAGGUCGGCACGUCGGACUCCCCCGCCUCCGAGCUGCCCGACAGCGCCCUGGGGUACGGGGUGCCGUACAUACCGGACGACGAUGACGACUCACAGGAGGAGGAAGGGCCUGAGCUGUCACCUGAUGGUAUAUUGGAUGAGGAGACAGUGGCCCAGGGACUGUCUAACCUGGGGAAGGCUGCUGGAGGCACGUCUCAAGUCUUCCUACACCUCACACUGCCGGGUUACAACCUGGCAGACAUCAGCCUGUUGCAGGACUAUGUACAUCUACAGAGACUGGAGAUGCCUUACAACCAGAUCACAGACCUAUCAGCCCUGAGCUGUAUGACACACCUCCUGUACCUGGAUGUUUCUCACAAUGAGCUGAGAGAUCUGCUCAACUUUGAACCUCCAAUAAACCUUAAGGAGGUGGACUACUCCUACAACAAGUUGGAGACAAUUCAGGACUUAUCAGAACACAAAGCUCUCACCAAGCUGACCCUGGACAACAACAACAUCACAGAGAUCUCAGGUUUGUCCAACUGUCGGCAGCUCAGAGAACUCAGCAUCGCCCACAACAACCUACAGAAGAUCAGUGGACUGGAUCAUCUCAAGAUCAAGUAUCUCAGUCUGAGAGGAAACAACAUCAAGAAGAUAGAAAACUUAGAGACCUUAGUGUACCUUCAGGUGUUGAACCUGUCUGGUAAUGCCAUCAGCAGUAUGGCAGGGCUGGAGGGACACAACUAUCUGGAGUCGGUGGAUUUGGACGACAACGAGGUGAGCAACAUUGUGGAGGUACAGUACCUGGUGGACCUGAGACUGCUCACAGACCUGAACCUGAUGAGGAACCCCAUACAGGGUCUACCCGACUACCGGCUGUCCAUCCUGUUCAAGUUACAGCAGCUGUCCACCCUGGACAGGAAGAGAGCAGAAGUGGAGGAGAAGGUCCAGGCCAUCAAUAUGUUUAACCCUCCUCAGGAGGUCAUAGCUGCCCAGGACCACAUCAGGAAUAUGGUGUACAGUUUCCUCACAGCCAGCAGGGUCUACGACAGCACACUGCCUAGUAUUGAGACCCCAUACCCCAUGUUAGUACUUACUGGUCCCCAGGGAUCAGGGAAGAGGGAGUUGGCUCAGCGACUGGUGCAGGACUUCCCAGACUAUUUUGGAUAUGGAAUUUCUCACACCACACGUCCACCAAAGACUGGAGAGGAGGACAACAAAGACUACCACUUUGUCUCCAUGGACAGGUUUGAAAACCUGAUCAGACAGGGUAAGUUUAUCCAGACAUGUCAGUAUGCAGGCCACCUGUAUGGACUAACCAUGGAUGCAGUGGAGGCUGUGGCUAAGGAGGGACUGGCCUGUGUGGUACACAUGGAACUGGAGGGUGUGAUGACUCUGAAGAACACGUACUUUGAGCCAAGGUACGUGCUGAUCAUCCCGGCUACCAGACAGUACCUGUCAGAACGUCUCAGCUCCAGGGAGGGGAUACAUCAGGACGAGGUGGCCUACAACAUCACACGCUGGAACACCUACGUCGACACCAACCAGACAUGCCCGGGAUUCUUUGACAUGGCCAUCGACAGUGAUGAUCUUGGACAGGCCUACACCAACCUGAGGAAGUUAGUUAUGGACUACCUGGGCAUCAGUGAUGCUGCGUCAUCAGAGACGUCCACCAUUGACGGGGACUCCAGGUCCCAGAGUGCUACAGAAGUCAAGGAUGGAACUAUGACUGGUGUGACAUCUACCAACUCAGCCACCAGGGCUACCAAGUGGAGUAAGCCUACAGGCUCCAUCAGUAUGGACAUGGAGAUGGGAGGGGGGGCGGCACGCACGUAUUCCGGACAACUCCGCAAGAUGGAACCCAAGAAAACACCUGUGGAGGAGGCAUCUUAUGCUCGCAGGUCAGCUGCAGCCAAAGCUGCCAUCAUCACAGGAAUCGUGCCCAACCCUUACCAACAGCUCAUGCAGAGACCACCUGGUACUGCACCAAGUAACACCCUGGACCAGGAUGGCCUCGGCGACCACGACCAGCCCCGCCCGGCAACUGCCCCCAUCGAUGCCAGCACGUCCUUCCUGUCCAUGCAGGCCAACACCAGCCGAGCGCAGCAGGGCAGCGUCGACUCCAGCUCCGACGAAUCAGAGGAGAGUGCCAGUCUGUCGGAUUUGUCCUCAGCAAGGCAGUUUUCCGCCGCGGGAUCAUCAGAUACGUCCGAACAAGGGGAGGGGGGGUACGCUGAAAGGGUAGAAGGCUUGGACUUGGCCGCACUGGAAAACGCCUUAUCUGAUCAGGGGUCGUUGACCUCACCCCCUGCGGCCCCGCGACCCGGGUCAGCGGGGUCGGGUCAAAUGUCGCUGCCCGGGUCAAGGCCAGGGUCGGCUCAGGAUCCGGUGACCUCCAGGCCAGGGUCAAAUCUGAAGCCUGUUCUGCCACCUAUACCCUCUCACAGAGGGGCAGAACAGGACAAAAGUCUGCCAGAUUUCUAGUCCGUUUUGUACAUAAUAAAGUCAGUAAUUUCACCUUUCAAUGAGAAGAGUCUGUUUUCAUGUACAUACCGCUAGUUACCUUUCAAAAUCAACUUACGUUUCGUACUUCUCUUCACUUUUAGGCAUCUGUAAGCUAGUACGUAUACUCACUCCACAUUUGCAGUAGCAUAAUUUUACGGCCUGAGAAAAAUGGACAUGUUCGCGGAACUAUAUGCAGAAGAAAACAGUCAGCGAAUUGUUUGCGGUAAUGAUAAAUUUGUGUUAGAGGCGUGACCGAAAAUAUCACAAAUAUAAAAGUACUGUGAAAAUAAAGUGGAUUGGCUAUAGUCUUUGAAUUUCUCAUAUCUACGUAAUUGUAUUGUAUUUUAAGUACAUACUACAUGUACCAUAGCUGAAACCACAGCUUGAUAUUGAUCAAUUGGUUUCAGUAAGCUAACUUCGCACUUUUGAAGAUACUGUACACACUUUCAUAAUGGUUUUGAUCUGAUCUGCACAACAGACAAAUCAAUAGACUUGUAUGUCUCAGAUUACGAUGAAUUCAACAAUAUAUUCACUAUUGGUUUCAACAGAGCACUCAGUUGCAGAUUGUGUUGAAUGAAUUAUCUUUACUUUAAGUUACUUGUAGCUUCUUCACAUGGUAUUGUCUGUGGUACAGGUAAAAUUGAAAAGAUGUAAAUAGUAGUAAUUUGUAAAACAUCCAAAUAUUUUCAUCUACAGUUUUCUGUCAUGUGUUUUCCACUCAAGGACCUUC